AUGGGAAUUAUGCAUAUGACGGCCGGCCGGGCUGGAUUCUUGCUAUGUAUUACACAAGUCUCUCCUCCGAUCUUGAAUAAUCAAAAAUCACGCUUCAUAUUCACCCACAGACUGAUCAUUGAGUUCAAGUGGGUAACCAGCCAGAGAUGCGCUGCGCUCGUCUCACAUCAGAGGCCCUCUCAUCUUCGACUCGAAGACACUCUUCGAUUUCUUCGUGAACACACAAGCAUCCACCACUACCAGGUCGCUCGCUCGCUCGCACAAACAACAUUCAUUUUCAUUUUUAUUUUCACUUUCACUUUCAAAUCAAUCCGAAGAAACUUUUCGGGGAAAAAGAAAAUGAAGUGCCAUACAUACCUUGCUUCAAAGUGGAAUGUAUUAUCAAUACAUGUAUGUAUACAUACUCCUCUUCCUCCUCAUAAUCUAUCUACUCAUUCAUUCGUUCAUUGGUUUUCAUACCAGCGCGGGUAUCAAUCAACCACUCAACCACUCUCAAGAAAAAAAAAAUCGCAUUAA